AUGUCGUCGAGUACGAGUACUUGGGGUAGAGUUGUACCAGCCGUAUUUCCUUACAGUACCGUGAAGAUUAUCGAGACCAUCGGAAACUUGGCCCUCGUUUACCACAUGUUCCUGGUGGGUUUAGAGCUUGAUUUAAAACCAGUGUUACGAGCUGGAAAGAAAGCUCUUAGCAUUGCGCUCGCCGGCAUUGUCUUUUCCGUCCUUGUUGGUUGGGCCUUAUGUCGAUAUGUGCUCCUCAAAGAUUUUGUCGAAGAAACAAAAGGCAAGGAUGGACAAAAACUUCCCACUGUGAACGGCCCGUGGUUCUGGGGCGUUGCUCUUGCCACCACCAACUUCCCAGACCUUGCCCGAAUCCUCACAGACCUCAAACUUCUCUACUCUGCUGUCGGAGGACUUGCGUUAUCUGCCUCUGUUAUCUCCGACUUAUGCUCCUGGUUUCUUCUUUUGCUCGUAAUGGCCAUAGUCAACAACUUCCAGACAAUUUCGGUGGGACUCACCUUGCUUUUUAUAGGGCUAUGCAUUUUUAUCGUACGUCCUCUUCUGUCACGGAUUGUUGACCGAAUUCGUGACAAAGUACAAGACGAUGGCGACUACGGUCAACUUGAAUGCUUUGUUCUAGCCGGGGUGGUGCUUUGUGGGUACAUUACCGAUGCAUGUGGGUCUCAUUCUAUCGUAGGGUCUUUUAUCCUUGGAGCUAUCAUGCCUAGAGGAGAGUUUUCAAACAAUCUUAAAAAGAAGGUGGGAAGUUUUGUGCCUGGGAUUCUGUUGCCUCUCUACUUCUGUAUCAAUGGGAGUAGAAUCAACUAUGUGGAUAUUCUCAGUUCCGUUUAUCCAUCGGAGAAAAAAACUGGGACGGACAUAUAUCGUGUAGGGGGGGUUAUCAUCUUAGCUUUUGCAGCUAAGACACUGAGCACUUUGGUUGCCGGCUUAGUAAACAAAAUGUCAUUUCGGGAUAGUUUGGCUCUUGGAGUGCUCAUGAACACCAAAGGCUUAUUGACACUUAUUAUACUCAACACCGGUCGGGAAGUAAAGGCGUUGAACAAACAAACCUUCGGAGUAAUGGUGCUGGCAAUUUGGGUAAUGACAUUUGUAGUUGGUCCGCUUCUAGCAAUUUUUUACAAGUCUAGUGCUAGGCCUUUCGUGCAAUACAAAGAGAGAAAUGUAGUAAGCGUAGGAUCUAACAACGAGCUUCGAAUCCUUGCAUGUGCUCACAACUCACGCAAUGUGCCAGGCAUUAUCAACCUCCUCGAGGCUUCUAAUCCAACCAAUAAAUCCCCUCUUCAUGUUCUUGCUGUCCACCUUGUGGAACUAACGGGGCAUACUUCGGCGAUGUUGGUAGUGCACGAUGCUUGUAAGACCAAUGAUGUAUAUUCUCCCGACAACUCGUCCCCCUCAAAUGCUUUUGAAGCAUAUGCCCAACAAAGAGAAUGUGUCACGAUGCAAACACUCACGGCGGUGUCUCAAUACUCCACGAUGCACCAGGAUAUAUGCAACCUGGCUGAGGAGAAUCGCGUCGCCAUAAUAAUCAUCCCGUUCCACAAUAAAUCCACCACAUUGGUUGGAGGAGUGGCACCAGAUGCAAACAACUCACAUCUAAAGAGCCUCAACAACAACUUGAUCGCAAAUGCUCGGUGCUCUGUGGGUGUUUUUGUGGAUCGAGGCCUCGGUGCAUCCAACGACUCUUACCGUCGAUGCUGCUAUUCCAUGCUCUUCUUUGGAGGGGUAGAUGACCGUGAGGCAUUAGCGUAUGCGGGUCGCAUGGCUGGACAUCCUAGGACUAGCCUAACAGUCAUAUCGUUUAACAUCAUGAGUAAAAAUGCAUCAAACUUGUGCUCUGAGGAUGAUCAUGGUGAUGAUGAUGACGAAGACGAUGACGAUGAAGAUGGUACUGGUGGAAUUCUGAAGGCAAUGGCAAGCACUGGGAGGGAAAAAAAACUGGAUGAGUUGUACUUGGAUGAGUUUAGGCUGAUGUCAAUGAAUGAUGCCUCCGUAAAACUUUUAGAGAAAUCGGUGACUAGGUGGGAACAAAUUCUCUCACUAAUAAGCUCAAUGGAAGGUGAGUAUGAUAUGUACAUAGUAGGAAGAAGGCAUGGAAAUGUAUCAGAGGUCACCACGACGUUACUCGAUGGCAUCGACUCCAAUGACCUUGGAUUUCUUGGAGAUGCAUUGGUAUCUUCAAACCUUACAGCAAGUACAUCCGUUCUAGUUGUGCAACAAGGUCGCCUUUUGGAUUAUUAUUCUUGA